CCUCACGCCGCAAGGGAGGGCGAAAGAAGCAGACCACCAUUGUUGGUCAUCUUCCAAGCUCUCUUUCUCUCAUCUUCCUCUUUUGCAUCUCUUAAUAGAGUGCAAAUGCGUCACCAUGGAUGUCUUGCAUUCGCGCGGUCGUUCCCAGCAGACCUCCAUUUGCUGUCACAGUGUCUAAGUUCUGAAUAGAGAAGAGUAUUUAGGUGUCCCAUGUUUGCUAUACCAAUAUUGCCUCCAUCUCGAUGAAAUUCGGGGGUUUGAAUCGAAGACCUUGGACGAAAUCUUGUGAUACGAGAAGAACUACAGGGACUGAACGUAUAAGUGGGCGUAGAAGUAACUCCAUUGAUGGCGUGGGGAAGCGGAUGACCCUCUUAUUCGUCACAUCCCGAUCUUCAAGUGUUUCAGUUUCCAACAUAGCCGUUGCCUAUUACCACGGUCUUGUUCAUGUAAGAUCUGACCCGAAGCCUUGGGAGGAUAAAGAGCCGAUUAGAAGAGCUGAAGCUUGGUUUGUUAAGAUUGUGUGUACUAUUUUUGUCCGCUCAAACUCAUUGGAUAGAUUUUUGGGCUAUUUUAGUAAGUUCUUGUCUCCUUCACUCGUGUUUGAGGUUAUUAAGAGGCUAAACAGUCCAAAGUUGGGUUUGGGAUUCUUUUUAUUUAGUAGGGAAAGAUUGAAUAUCACUCAUUCCCGCUUGACCUAUAAUAUGCUUCUGAAUACUCUCUGUCGAGAUGGUCUCUACGAUUCAAUAAAAAUGGUGUAUGACUGUAUGAAGUUGGAUGGGCACUUGCCUGAUAGUUGGCUGUUGGGAUCUUUGGUUUCCUCUUACGCACUAGCAGACAGGUUUAAUGUUUCGAAGGAAUUGCUUGAUGAUUUUAAGUCCAGUAAGUUUGAAAUAAGUGCUGUUGUUUAUAAUGAUUUGUUCAACGUCUUAGUAAAACAGAAAAAAGUAGACGAUGCCAUUGCCUUAUUUAGGGAGCAUAUGGGAUCACAUUUUCGCCCAGAAACUUGCACCUUCAAUAUUCUAAUGCGAGGUCUUUGCAGAGCAGGAGAAACUGAUGAAGCCAUAAAGUUGCUCAAUGACAUGAGAAGUUGUGGUUGUUCCCCUGAUAUAGUUACAUUUAACACUCUUAUACAUGGUUUUUGUAGAAUUAAUGAGGUCAAUAGAGCAAAGAAUCUACUAGAACAAGUUUAUUCAAAAGGUCAGUUUGCCCCGGAUGUUGUUACUUACACGACACUAAUAUCUGGUUAUUGCAAGUUGACUAAGAUGGAAGAGGCCGCUAAUCUUUAUGAUGAAAUGAUUAGAUGUGGAGUUAAACCUAAUCAAAUCACCUUCAAUGCUCUUAUUGAUGGCUUUGGCAAGGAUGGUGACAUGACCUCUGCACUGGCCAUGCAUGAAAAGAUGCUCUUCCAUGGCUGUGUUCCUGAUGUUGUUACUUAUACUUCCCUAAUUGAUGGAUACUGUCGAAUUGGACAGGUGAAUCAUGGCUUAAACCUAUGGCAUGAAAUGAAUGCCAAAAAUAUCACCCCAAAUUUAUAUACAUUCUCUGUUCUUAUCAAUGCCUUGAGCAAGAGCAACAGAUUGCAUGAAGCUCGUGAAUUUUUAAGAUUAUUGAAGCUGAGAGACAUUGUUCCUAAACCAUUUAUGUACAAUCCAGUCAUUGAUGGAUAUUGCAAAUCUGGGAAUGUUGAUGAAGCUAACGUAAUUGUAGCAGAAAUGGAGCAGAAAAGGUGCAAACCUGAUAAGGUGACAUUUACAAUUCUCAUUAUCGGGCACUGUAUGAAAGGAAGAAUGCUUGAAGCAAUUGAUAUCUUUCAUAAGAUGUUGGCAGUUGGUUGUGCUCCUGAUGAUAUCACUGUAAAUUCUUUGAGAUCCUGUCUUUUGAAGGCUGGAAUGCCUGGGGAGGCUGCCCACAUUAAGCAAGCUCUUGUUGAGAAACAGACACCUAAAUCAUUAAAAAUGUCUUACCAUCCAGUGACGAAUGCCGAUAUGCCAAUUGUAAGAGCUGGGUUUCAUUUCUUCCAAGUGAAGAAAAAGAAAGAGUUGGAUGAAAAGUAAUCCAAUCGACUAAUACACUUGGGCAUGUAAGGACUCAUUUUUUCAAGGAACAAUGCUACCUCUACAUGAUAGUACCUCCGACUGCCAGUUGAUCGAACAAAAUUUAAAGGAAACAGCAGAGCACAUAACAAAUCCCACUGUGAGUUGUUGCCUCAGGUGUAAGAAGAAGCAUUCAAUUGAAACAAAUCAAGAGGGAGAUAAUGAUAAAUGAAUGAAAGAAACAGCACCAUAGAGAGAACAGGAGGCAUCACAAUAGCCUAUGAAGACAAGGAACCUCUGUUAUUCUUCCACCGAGUAGAUCCAAGGCAUU